AUGGCGUCAAUUUUGUUGAGUAUUGUAAGUUACUAUUUGAAAAAUAGAUGAAAAAAUAUUUUUUUUUUCAAAUUAGAAUGGAGGUUUUGGACUUAUUUGUAAUGUUGCAGUAUUUUGGAUAUUCUACAAGGAGAAAUUUCAAAGAACUGCGUUUAAUUUGAUAUGCUCAUGUAGAGCAUUUUCAAAUUUUGUCAUUCUUUCGGUGACAUUUCUGAUGUAUUUUGUUCCAACAAUUUUGGUGUAAGUUUUCAGAGAAAAACUAGAUCUAAUUUUGCAAAAAAUACAAUGCGCUUUUGAAUUAUACGUUGUUGACUAGAAAAUAGUUUAUAGUGUGUUUUUGAGAGUUUUGUAUUUGAAUUCCAUAAACAAACUCGUAAUUAUGGGAAAAUAUUAGAAAAUCUGAUCAAAAGCCACUGAAAACUGAUCAAGCACACAUUUUUGGAAAGUUUUUUUCAAAGUGUUGCACAGUGUUCAUAUUCUCGUCAAAAAUACAUUUUCAGAGGCUCUCCAACUCUUUCAAAAUCUUGGGGAACUUAUAACAUCGCAUUUUCGAACACGAUUUACCUGGUAAUUCAAUAUUUAUCAUUUCUAACAGCUCUGAAUCGAUUCAUUUCUCUUUAUUUUCCCAUAUCUUAUAAUAAAAUCUGUGGGAUGAAAACGACCAGCUUCAUAAUCAUUCUUUUAUAUGCCUACAGAUUCAUCAUAACAAUAUCACAAUUUCAAGAAAUUUCAGGUUAACUGAUAAAUUUCAGAAUUCUAGAGAAACGUUUUUUUUCAGUAGACGAUUGUCCGGUGUAUUUUGAUAUUUCAAGUUUAUCCUGGACCCCAACAAUAACUGAAAAUUGUUUGAUUGACAGUAAUUCUGCACUAACAUAUUUAAUCAUCAAUUUUCUGUUUAUAGUUGCUGUGAAUAUUUUUACUUUUGUAAAAAUUUUGAUGUUUUAUAUGGUGAGUAAAACGACAAUUUUCGUGUACCUUGUCGGAAAUCAAAUAAGUUUCCAGGGAAGUGUUACAGCUGAUAUGAAUUCUAAGAAUCGAAUGAAGAAAAAUGGAUAUCUUUUCUUACAAACUGUAAUUCAAGAUUCACUUAUCGUUAUAGAUUUCAUAUUUUCCUUCAAGUUGAAUGGAUUGAGCUCAAAUCGUAUCUGGCAAUUUAUAUCUGGCACUUUUGUUUGGGAAUCUAUUCAUUCUUUGGAUGGAUUCAUUAUGAUACUUUUUAAUGAGAGAUUCACUUUCAUUCGAUUAUAUUUGAAUUUUUCCGGCCAGCCAAGUCACAGUAGUCAACAAGUUGUUUCAUUGGUGACACUUUGA